AUGCAGUUCUACGACUUAGCCUUCCUCUCCCUAAUAGCAGGAUGUGGAGUCCUGUCCUAUCAGCAAUACCGCAAGAGCGACGGUGAGAGCGCGCCAGAGGAGAAGAGUCUAACACAGAAUACUGUUACUCCUCGAGCAAAGGCCGAGGCCGCCCAAUUUACGCGGCUGUUUUUGGCGGUAUAUUGUUUGGUGAUGGCCUCGGACUGGCUCCAAGGACCAUACGUCUACAGUCUAUAUAAGGACCAAUUCAACCUCGAGGAAAGAAUUGUAGGCCUCCUCUUCGUUACGGGAUUCAUCUCCGGUGCUAUCUCUGGCUACUACGUAGGCCAAUUCGCCGACAAACACGGCCGCAAAACAGCAUGCUUGAUAUUCUGCAUCACAUACUCGUUAGGCUGCUUCUCCACUCUCGUCCCCAGCCUCCCAGUGCUAUUCUGCGGUCGAGUUCUAGGCGGUCUUUCCACAUCGAUUAUGUAUAGUUGUUUCGAGGGCUGGAUGGUGACGGAGUACCAUAAACGACACUUGGAUGAAGCUGGGAUGAGCUUGAGCGGCUUGUUCGGAAUUAUGACUACGAUGAAUAGUGUUGUUGCUAUCGUGGCUGGCGUGUUCAGCGAGUGGUUGGUCCGAAUGACGAAUACGAAGAGGGCUCCUUUCAUGGCGAGUGCUGGUUUGCUUAGCAUUGCAUUCUGGCUUAUUCUGGCUUAUUGGACCGAAAACUACGGUGACAGUCAUACGGAAGAUGCCACUUCCUCCAAAUCUUCCUCCGCAACCGUCCCGGCCAAAAAUGCCCUAAAAACAAUUAUUUCAGAUAAGCGCAUCCUUACCCUCGGCCUAGCAUCAUGCUUCUUCGAAGGCUCCAUGUACCUAUUCGUCUUCUUCUGGACCCCCGCCCUAAAAGCAGCCCGCGGGGAAGCAUCUCCUCUGCCCCUGGGCAUGAUAUUUGCCUGCUUCAUGGCGUCUGUAAUGCUCGGUUCCCUAUUAUUCAACCUUCUCAUCACAAAAUACGCGCUCCUCACCCCUCUUACCCUCCUAACUAUAAUAUUCGCCUUGUCCUCCAGCGCCCUCGUCGUAACCAUCACCCUCAAAUCCGAGAUCCUGACUUUCUGGUGUUUCUGUCUUUUUGAAAUGUGCGUGGGUAUGUAUUUCCCAAGUAUGGGGACUUUGAAGGGGAGAUUUGUAGAAGAUGGCGUAAGAGCGAGGGUUUACGGGAUAUUAAGAAUCCCGCUGAAUAUUUUUGUGGUCGUGGCGUUGAGUUUGAUGAAGGAAGGUGAAGUUUAUAGAAAUCAAGUGUUCCUAACGUGUGGUGGGCUUUUGGUUGUCACUUCGGGCAUUUUCCACUGGAUUGUCCAGGAGUGA